AUGGGGAACUGCACCGUCAAGGGGACGACGCUGAGCUGCACGGCGGACAGGGCGGCCGCCGUCGCAGCCUACCGCGCCGCCGUCCGCGUCCGGGUCGUCACGGAGACCGGCGGCGUGAUAGAUCUCCAAGGACCCGUCGAGGUGGGGAUCUUCCUCGCCGGCUUCCCCAGGCACGGAAUAUUCCGCCCCGGCGACGCGUCCUCCCCGCUGCUCCACCACGAGCAGCUCCAGAACGGCCGGCUGUACUACCUUCUCCCCCUGGACAGGCCGCGGGCGGCGUGGAGAACUCGUUCCAUGAGGGAGACUGUGCCGGAGCCGUCCGCGGCGACGGAGUCUCCGGCGACUUGCGAGCGCCCCAGGAAUCUGGAGGUGCUGCCCCAGCAGAUGGACGGCGUCUGGAGGGUCAAGCUGGCGAUCGGCGCCGAGACGUUGGCGACCAUGCUGUCGGUCGGAGGAGGGGGAACGGAGGCUCUCAUCGAGAGGAUGAGGACCCUCGCCAGCUCGGUGGAGGCCACGCCGGCGCAGGCCAGGAAGGCCCGGCCCGGCGGCGCCGCCUGCAAGUCUCCGGUGGUCCACUACUUGGAGCGCUCGUAG